AUGGCACUAUCAGAAGAAGUGAUCGCACGACGACUUAGGGCUGUCGAUCAGAGUUCAGAAUCCAUCCAAACGACAUCCAUGUGGAUACUGCAUCAUCGCGAUUUAGCUGCACAGUUCGUGAACUGCUGGACUGAAGUAUUCCGAACUGCUGGCGAUCCUUUACAAAUUGCUCUGUUUUACGUAGCAAAUGAUGUUUGUCAGAAAGCGAAGAAAAAGGGCGAUUCACAUGUCUUGCUUCAAGCAUUUGCACCUCACUGGGUCAAUGCCAUUUCGUAUUCCAGAGGUAGUGAAAAUGUUCAGAAAGCUGUUAGUAGAAUACUUGAUAUAUUCGAAGAGCGUCAGAUUUAUUCAAAGUCGCAGUUAGCUGAUAUGCGUGCUGCACAAAAUGACAGCAAUGAGUUGGAAGAUAAUACACUAAUUGAUUUCGAUAUUGGAUACUUAAUACGUGACGUUGAGGGUUAUCAUAAAGGAAAUUUGGUUAUGGAACGCGCACGAGAGUUACUUUCCAGAAGCGAUUUCAAUUUUAAGGACAAGAUAAAGAGUCGGAUGAAAGAUCGUCGAGAUGGUGAGAAAUUCAUGGGGGAAAUUGAACAAUCUUAUACAAAGCUGACAGAUUUUUUCGGCGCAUUAGCAAAGCACCGCAAACGUGGACAGCAUCUUCUGGGUGAAAUUGAACGAGCCAAACGUUGCUUCACUUUGCAGCUAAGAGAUGUGACUGUUGUAGAAGAUGCUUACCAGAAAUUUGGUGCUGGGAUUGAUGAAGUUUGUGCAGAAGUAGAAGAAAUGUUAAAAACAAGUGUUUAUCCAGGUGCUUCGCCUCCACGUGAUGCUCCCUCACCAACAGCUAAUGAUGAUCCAUUUAGGGAGGGAGUCGAAAUUGCGUUCAAACAAAUGAGAGGACCACAAUACGGCACUAGCUCACUAUUGCCAUUACCAAAAUUGUUACCCACUAAGGAGGAAUCUGUUGUUACACCUGAUUCACUUCAAACCGAUCAAUCAUUCAGCGGUUCAGCGCAUAUGCUGAAAAUGAUAGAAGGAAUCCGGGCAAGUGAGACAUCUAGAACAAAUUCACCGUCAUCAGUUGUGUCCGAUCCACGCCUUGCAUCUCAUCCACCAUUCCCUUCAAUUGUUGGCUGUCUAUCGUCAGCUGAGUCUACUGCUACAGUUACUAGUUCAUCCUUUUCACUGCUUUCACAAGCUCCUUCAUCUGCUUUGGUAUUUUCCUCUGGUCCUCCAAAUGAACCUCAAGUAUCUCAGAUAACACCGUUUCAACUCGUUAGUUCACCGCUUCCCAUACGAUCACCGAUGCAAGAUACGCAGAGGCUGCUAUCAAAUGGCACUCUUCCACAGUGGAUGCAAGAUUCGUCGUCGAAUUUUUCCGCAUCAUUGCCCACUGCUGCACCAGGGACUGUGGUAGAUGUUACAUCCGUUUCCGGCACCACAAAUUCCCUGCAAACACCAAUUAUUUCUAGUCAACUGCAUGGUAGCCAAACGGCAAGCACAACUGCAUUCCCUCCCAUUCUUGGAAGCCAGCUAUCACCGGUAAACACCAAUUCACAAAUCGGACCAUCCUCACAACCUACCACACUUCAUGGGAUAUUGCCACCACCGCCACCGAAUGUGCUUCCAUCGUUGGGAAUAGUGUCAUUAAACAAUUUUGUACCUGCCGCAGUGCCACCUUACACUGUAAUGUCCGUAACUUCCGCCCAUUCACCUGCAACGAUUCCAUUUCCUCCCGACUCUUUCGCAAUUCCACCUCCAAAACGUAUAGUUAUGCCACCAACAAAUUCUCCAAAUAUACGUCCACCUUGUGUUAUGGACUUACUACCAUCUGGCAAUUUUCCUUCAACCACUAGCACUUUUACUCCAGCUACUCUAGUUUCAUGUACAUUUUCCUCGCCGCCAUCGUCAAGCUCUAGUUCUACUGCAGUAACUCCUGCCAUUGCUCUAGUUUCCAGAAGGCCGUUAACAAAUGGUGGCGACAGCAAUAGUAUUGUCGAUCCAGCAAAAGUUAAUGGUGAUUUAUGUCAUGAAUCGAGAAAGCACUUUGGAAAUUAUGGUACCACCUUGAAUAGCCAUGGAGACCGCCGGUCGUUUGGAGGGUUUCGUGGAGGCGAUGACAUUGAUCAUGGAAGUCUACGAGAUCCGCGUGCGCGCGAUCGAGACCGUGAAUACAAUGGUAAUCGAGGAUUGCAACAGCAGCUUCAUAAUAACGGUGGUAGGCGUUAUUCUAGUGACAAUCGUAAUCGUAUGCCUCGUUACAGAGAUUAUGAUGAUGAUCGUCGCUCUCGACGUUACGAACCGCCAUACAAUGAUUUUAGUCGUAUUCGGAGAUGAAUAAUAUUAAGAUUUUAUUAUAAUGGCGCAGAACUCUGAUUUAAUUUUUCCGUUUUUCAAAACAUUCGAAAUGCGAAAACUUGGGCCAAUAAGUGGAAUUUUGAACUGAUUUAGAGCAGUGUAAUUUUGUAGUGUAUUUAUUCUUUCUAAUAUGUUUUGUGUAGUUUCAGAUGAAUUUAUCGUUUGCUCUUGUUUGAAUGUAAAAGUUCAGUUCUGGAUUCCAGGGUUGUAUUAUUGGUUAUCUGUAUAUAUUUUUCGGUGUUUGUUCUUUUCACAUCUCGGAUGGUGGAAUUUACAUUAUUUUCCUUUAUUAUUUUAACUUAGAAUAGUGUAUAAGCCGCUCCAUUAUUAUUUAAUCUUACAGUCCAUCAUCUGUUGUUUCAAGAUAUAUUUUCUUAUAUCGUUUAUUCGCUCCCUCUUGUUCCAUUGUUAUAUUCGAAUCUCUUCACAUGAACGGUGAUCUGCUAUUAGUAGGUGAGCUUUUGCUGUUCGUAAAUGUUUCUAGCAUCGAUGGAAUCAAAUUACAGGG